AUGGAAAAAGGAAAAAUUGAGCCGCCCAUACUUACACGACACGCUUUGCCUUGCGACGUUGGUACUCAUUCUCGUCAACCACCCAGACAGAUCCCGAGGCGGUUUCGACGCGACGGAAGCAUUUGUGCAGCGACAGAUUAUGCCGAACGGCAUUCUGGAUUCCCGGGGAAUAUAAGGGCACGUGAUGAGCAAAGAGAGGGAGAAGUGUUUGAAAGCCUCAACAACAACAGCAAGGGACAAUAA